UUUGAGGCAAAGCCCUGACACUGAGUGUUUGGUUCAUUGGCAGUUUCUCCCCGAGCUCUGGGAAGGCAGAGAGGUGCAAACCUAAAAGGCUGAGAUCCUAAGCCAAGUUCAUAGCCCACAGGGCCCUCCAGUCAGAGGUGGAGGCAGAAACCUCAGCGUCAGGAUGGCCGCAGAGGAGCAGGAUAUGGAGGAUGAUCCCAUUUUCAGGUACUUCAGAGAAAAUAAGGUGGAGAUUGCCAGUGCGGUGACGAGUCCAUUCCCUUUCCUCAUGAGCCUCCGGGACCGUGCCUUCAUCUCUGAACAGAUGUAUGAACAUUUUCAAGAAAGCUGUAAGAACGUGGUCCCACUGGCACAAGUGAUAUAUGACAUCCUCAGUGAACUUGAGAAGACGUUCGACCUGUCACUUCUCAAGGUGCUGUUCAGCAAAGUCAAUAUGUUGGCUUAUCCUGAUUUAAAGGAGAUUCUCAGAAACUUCCCAAAUGAGCUUCAUGGUACCUUCUAUGACUCCUUCCAUAAGGGAGCAGGGACACCACAGGCGUCCAGUAUCCAAUCAAGGACGCCACAGGCAUCCAGAAUCCAAUCAAGCUGCCCUCAAGAGAGAGACACUGCUGGCUUGGAAAUCAAUCCAGAAAAGGAGCCCCAGGAUGCCUUGUGCUCCCCACCCAGAAAUGGGCCAGUGUCCUGUGACCCCAGUGCUUUCCAGAUGACUAAUGAGGGAGCAGCUGAGAAGAUGCUCAACCAACCACCAGGUAGCACAGAAGAGAGAGACACUGCUGGCUUGGAAAUCAAUCCAGAAAAGGAGCCCCAGGAUGCCUUGUGCUCCCCACCCAGAAAUGGGCCAGUGUCCUGUGACCCCAGUGCUUUCCAGAUGACUAAUGAGGGAGCAGCUGAGAAGAUGCUCAACCAACCACCAGGUAGCACAGAAGAAACAGAGCAAUCAGCACGUGGAAAUGAGCAGUGUCCUUGUGUCAUGUGUUCCACGAAGUAUGUGCCAGAAGGCCCAGAAGAAAAGAUGGAAAGUAGCCAAGUGCACAAGACACAGGAUAACCCAGAUGUUGAGAAUGACACUACUACAAGAAAACCCAAGCGGAAAAGAAGAAGGAAGAAAGGGCAUAAGUGGACAAAAAUAAAAAGGAGAAGGCCACAAAAUACAUAUAAAAAAGGUUCAUGGAAGAACAGAGUCUGUGAAUACAUAAACUUUCGCUCCGAUUUACUUCCUGUGACAUGUGGUCAUCUGAAGGGGACUUUAAAUAAGAAUAAAUUGAAACAAGGAGGAGCCUUAGCGAAGUGCAUACUGAGCGAGGAUGGAAACUGGUUUACCCCCAUUGAAUUUGAAGCCAAAGGAGGCCAUGCAAGAUCCAAGAACUGGAAGAUAAGUGUGCACUGUGGCCGGUGGUCUCUCCUGAAGCUGAUGGAGAAAGGAUUUCUACCUCGUCCUCCAAGAACAUAUCCCAAGAGGACAAGAACAUAUCCCAAGAGGAAAAAGCGGAGAACAAAGAUGAAUCACAACAAAACCCAAACUGACCCUGAUUUGCCAGACUUCGCUCAGGCUAAGCUUCAACCUGGGAUGCUUGCUGGAAUCACCCACAGUGCUUUGAAAAAUAUUUUUGCUUGGAUCCCAGCCCUAGAGCUGAGGAACUCAGAUGAAUGUGAAGUGUGUCGCAAAAGGGGAACACUGUUCUGCUGUGAUACUUGUUCCAGAGCCUUCCACAAGGACUGUCACAUUCCACCAGUAGAAGCUGAGAUGACCCCUUGGAGCUGUAUCUUCUGCAGGAUGGAGGCCAUCGACAGCCAACAGACUCACUCUGAACCUGAGAUCCUAGACAGGCAGAUGUGGCCCGAGGAACAGCUGAAAUGCGAGUUCGUCCUCUUGAAGGUCUAUUGCUGUUCUGAGAGCACUUUUUUUGCCAAGAUCCCGUAUUAUUAUUACAUUAGGGACACAUCUACAAGUCAGAAAAAACCCAUGUGGUUGGACAGAAUCAAGAAAACGCUGAAUGUACGGGGUUACCCCCAAGUGCAGGGAUUUGUACAAGACAUGCGCCUCAUCUUUCAGAACCACAGGGCCUCAUACAAGGACUAUGAUUUUGGCCAAAUGGGACUUAGACUGGAGUCUGAAUUUGAGAAAACUUUCAAAGAAGUGUUUGCUAUUGAGGAAGCAAACGAGAACUGUGGACUCCUGUAAACAGGCUGCUCAGCACACCAGCACUGUCUCCUUUUCUGGUGUCUUCAUACUGCAGUCAUAGCGUUGUCUGCUCGCUCCACGGGCCCCAGAGGGUGUUCCUGGAUCCCACGGAACCAGAUCCAGGCUGAGUUUUUCCUCCCGUCCUGGAGACCCAAUCUGGACCCAAGGAUGGGAUCAGAUGCUGCUUCUGUGCUUCCCCUGGGAUCAGGCUGGAGCCAGCCCCCAGCCAGCGUAGCUUCUUCUAGUCUAGUGUAUGGCUUUCAUAGCCCCUCUUCUCCCGAGAGCAUUCCACAAUAAACGAUCUAUCUAUCUAA